AUGGCACCAUUGGGCCAGUUUUUCGCACUUGCAGCCAAUUCACCCUUUUAUGGGCACGCCUUGGAAGAGCUGCAAUCGAACGAUGGGAUUAUAGCAGCUCUAAAAAUCCUAAAACCGUGGCCGGCUUAUCCAGCGGAAGGUGACGGAGGCGAAAGCGGAUUCAGGCUCCCAUUCGAAACCCCCGGUGACUGGAUACGAGACCAUCAGUCUGAAGCCACGACUGUUGACCAAAAGCCUUGCUCUUCACCCGUGCGUUCGUACGAGAAAGCUAUGGAGUACUUGCGAGCUUAUCGAUUAUUUAAGAGUCCUUCUCAGAAGACUAUUAAAAAGUACAGGCGCGGAUCCAAGUGUCGUAGAAGAGACACACUUCUAGCCAUAAUUUUAGAUGCUUUCGCUACAAAUCUCGAGAGUCUUGACGACUUCGAAAACGCCCAGCAAAAUCCUGAUAUAGAACAUUACUGUCGCGAAAAAGGCUUUUGGGAUAGAUAUAUUGUUGGUUUGAUAACCGCGAUUUCGAGCGGGACGGGGAAGUCACCGUUCUAUGACUGCGGGACGGAAGUAGUGGAGAAACAUGUUUCGGAUGAAAGGUAUACGGAAGCGAUAGAGAAUUUAGGAAAAAAUAUGGCGACGAUGUACAAUGUCAUCGAUGCUUGGGUGUGUAAACAUAGUAUGACAGAUAAGAGUAUGACAUACUUUACUCUUUUCAGUCGCAAGAUCGAGGACAGUGGUCUGGAAGUUCAUCGAAAUGAUAAGGAUCUUCGAGCCGUUCAUUUCCUAGAUGACUACCCGAAGGCAAGUAUAGUCCAGAGCCACUCCGUUUCUACAUGGUAUAAAAAAGCUCUCGAUUCAGCGUUGAAAAAGUACACCAAGGACGUUGGCGAAACUGCCACAAAAUUAAUGAGCGACUUGAAAUCGCGGGCGGAAUUUACAAAGAACCUGAUGGAGACACUUGGGAAAGCGGAAAAGACGCAGGAAGAGACAGAGAAAAUUUCUAGUUAUUGCGACACGUUGAAGGGUGUCGUCCCAGAUGAUGAGCCGCUCCCUGCCGAGACUAAAAAGGAGUCUAAAUCCUAA